GGCCGCUCGUCGCUGUUCCAGGAGAAGGCGAACCUGUACCCGCCGAGCAACACGCCGGGCGAGGGGCUGAGCCACGGCGGCGGCCUGCGGCCCAACGGGCAGACGAAGCCGCUGCCCGCGCUGAGGCUGGCGCUGGAGUACAUCGUGCCGUGCAUGAACAAGCACGGCAUCUGCGUGGUGGACGACUUCCUGGGCAAGGAGACCGGGCAGCAGAUCGGCGACGAGGUGCGCGCGCUGCACGACACCGGCAAGUUCACCGACGGCCAGCUGGUCAGCCAGAAGAGCGACUCGUCCAAGGACAUCCGAGGCGAUAAGAUCACCUGGAUCGAGGGCAAGGAGCCCGGCUGCGAAACCAUUGGGCUGCUCAUGAGCAGCAUGGACGACCUGAUCCGCCACUGUAACGGGAAGCUGGGCAACUACAAAAUCAAUGGCCGGACGAAAGCCAUGGUUGCUUGUUACCCAGGCAAUGGAACGGGAUAUGUACGUCAUGUUGAUAAUCCAAAUGGAGAUGGAAGAUGUGUGACAUGUAUAUAUUAUCUUAAUAAAGACUGGGAUGCCAAGGUAAGUGGAGGUAUACUUCGAAUUUUUCCAGAAGGCAAAGCCCAGUUUGCUGACAUUGAACCCAAAUUUGAUAGACUGCUGUUUUUCUGGUCUGACCGUCGCAACCCUCAUGAAGUACAACCAGCAUAUGCUACAAGGUACGCAAUAACUGUUUGGUAUUUUGAUGCAGAUGAGAGAGCACGAGCUAAAGUAAAAUAUCAAACAGGUGAGAAAGGUGUGAGGGUUGAACUAAAUAAACCUUCUGAUUCAGUCAGUAAAGAUGUCUUAUAGAGAGACUUUGAUCCAGCAAUACCCCUCUUCACCUACAAUGAUCAUUGAUGCUGUUUGUUAACUUGUGACUGCAAAUAAACGGGAUAAAGAAAACAGACAACCAGUUGGCCUUUUAAUAAGGAAACAGAAACAACUCUUUUGUGUUGCAUCAGAAAGAAGAUUUGACUAUGGCUUUGUACUGCAUGACUGACUACAAACCUGUGAUUGCUUAUGGAAGAGUAUAAGCUAUCAACUGAGAAUGGUAUUGACAUCUGGACACUAAAGAAGUGCCCUAGGUAGCAUUGUUUCAUUCUUAUAUUCUGUCAGAUCUGCCAUCUAGCUGAGUUCAUUUAAUCUCUCCCUUUUUUAUAUAGUCAAGUUUGAAUUUGAAGUAAUUUUUGUAUGAUCAGGUACAAUUUAUCAAAACUGAAUUAAAAAAAAAUUACAGUAUUCCCCAAAAUAGCAUCAAUCUAUUUUUGUAAACCUCUUCGUACUAUUAAAUUUUGCCCUAAAAGACCUAUAAUGAUUAUUGCCAGUGACUGAUUAAUUUUCCUUUUUACUUAAAAUAAGGAGCACUUUAAUUGCCAUCUGAAAAAUUGUUUUGUAGUCCUACCUUACACUAAUUUGAACUCUUAAAAAUAGCUUCUGUUGGUUUUUUGACAUUGUUAAUAAUGAAACAUAACAGUAAAACCAUCACCACUUACUACCAAUAACUUUUAGUUUUGAAUGUUUUAUAAGAAAAAAUACACAGUAAGAAAAAUACAUUUUAUAUUUUAGGUUAAAUUUUUUUAAAAUUACAGUGACUGGCAGUAAAUGAACUUGAGGUUAUCUUGAGCAUCAAGUUCCUGAGAUUAAGGGCUUUCUCAAGCUUUCAGGUGCAUCCUAUAGUGUAGAAGAUAACAGCCCAUUCCCCAGGCUUUUCCUCUUGCUUCCCGUCAGGUUGAUUGCACGUCCAGUUUUGCUGUUAUGUUUUCUCGCUCCUGUGACCCAUCUGAACCGCAGAUCAGAGCCUUGUUCCUGUCGGGCAGCCUUAGCGGGAGACUGCAUGCUCCGAGGCUGGCCUGUGUUGUCACAGAUGUAACGUUAGUGACUCCUCAGUCCGCCGCUGAGUCGCCCCCCACCCGUGAUGCUGGCCUCCUUGUCAGGACCGAAAGAUGUAUGGUUAGCUUGAAAAAACACAAGAGGUGAACAGCAAGAUAAUUUUAUUUUAUGUUUUAUGAGUUUUUUACUUUUCAGAAAAAGAGGGAAUGUUACAAAAUCACACAAGGCCUCCCGGAUUUGGUUGCUUGAUGUGUGUAUUGGAAUGGAUGUCUAGACUUCAGUGUCCCAGGCAAAGCGCGUGGGGUGGCAUCCACAUUUGCAUGCAUUGUGGGUGGAAUGCCCACUCCAGUUUUCUCUCUGUCCUUGGUCUUCUUUGCCAAAAUAAUGUGAGCGUACAGAAAUAUUUCUGUAUAUUUCAACUUACAACAGUUUUAGCAUUUCUAUAGUUUGUAUUCAAUUAGAGACCUUUUCUAUGGAAAGCUCAGUAAUUUUUAUUAAAAGAUUGAUAUUGUUCAUGUAAAACAUGAAAAAAAAAUUGUUUAGUGAAACUGACAGUGUGGACCUAGAGUGGGACUGAGUAUUGCGGUCUCACUGAGAACCUGCAGGACAAAACUGUAGUUUCUGUUCUUCUUCUUUACCUGUGUUCAGUCUCGUCCCACUUCCUCUCCUUGUUCCAGAUAAUGCAACGUAACAUCACAGCAAGUGCCUCUCCAGCCUGGCCUGGGAGCGCAGCCCUCAGCCAGCUGGGCUCAGUGCAGUGCCCUGCAUUCGGCCACACUCAAGCGCUACCAUUUUUAAAUCUAGUACAGAUUGCAUUGUGUUCAUGGGAGGGUUGUCUCAUUGUCAAGCUGUUCGGCAGCCGCCUCUUAGUCUGGGAGCCCCAAGUCAUUCAUAUGUCCAUCUCUGCAGCUCUGUGUGGGUUGUGCUGCCGGACAGGUCUUACAUUUUGUUUUUUGGGGGUUUUUUUUGAAGAGUUUGUGUAAUCUCUUGGAGAUCAUUGUGAAAGGAUCAAGAAAUCAGGAUAGCCAUUUCUCUAAUAUCCAUUUAAAAUUAUUCAUUUCAUGUUAGUGGGACCGUUAUCUUGUCACCAAGCAGGACUCUUACUUAACACAAAAUUUAAAAUUAUUUGUGGCCUAUAUGUGUUUAAUCCUGGUUAAAGGUAAAGCUUCUAAUGCUGUUUUUAUUCAACACAUUAACCAGCUGUAAAACAUGGACCUUUAUAAACAGCAGGCAAAGGAUUUCAGGAUUCAUAUACAGAGUGUCAAGUCAUGUGAUCUGGAAAGCAGUGUUUCAUUACGAAAGAGCUCUCAAGUUGCUUGUAAAGCUAAUCUAAUUAAAAUGAUGUAUAAAUGUUCUUGAAAAAA